AUGCAGGUUGUGUUUGUCUGCGCUACCAGGCUCUUCAUCUCGGUGGCCGUCUCGCGGGAUUCUCCGGACCUGCGGCAGAGUGGCUUCAAGGCACUGGAAGACUGCUUGCAGUUCUUUUGCGCUCUAUGGCCAAUCUCGUUCUGCUGCAUGACCAUUCUGCGGAAUGGGGUCGUCGAGGUCCCUCGGCAUCUCUUGGGCGCGAGUUCUGUGACUGGACGCCGUGCCGUGGCCCCCAAAACCCUGACCCCAGCCUCAGCCGCUGCAGACAAACAGUACGUGGGGAGUCAGUGCGUGAACCAGGGCGGCAGUGAGCUCUAUGUCUCGAUGGCUCAAGCCGAAAGGACGCUUGCUGGUGUCGUGAUACGCCUGGUGCUGCACAAG